UAGGCGGAUUCCUGAUGAAAUCAGGGCAAUCACGGCCUCACAAUGCCUGAGGCUGGUCGAAGGGUGCAGCCAAAUGUUGGGAGAACCACUGUCAAUUCAAUUAUUCAAACAUUUCGUCGGGAGAACAGGGUCCAGUGUGUGCGGAACAGAAUUCGGACACCUGCCGGACAACAUUACAGUGUUGGAAGGAGAAAGCGUCACUUUGAGAUGUCGGAUCGAUGAGGAGGUGACCCACAAGGCCUGGCUGAACCGCUCUAACAUCCUGUUCACGGGGACAGACAAGUGGUCACUGGACAAGCGUGUGACGCUGGCCAAUAGUAACAACAGCGACUUCUCCAUCCACAUUGACAAGGUGCAAGUAACCGACGAGGGGCCCUACACUUGCACCUUCCAGGCCAAUAACAAGCCCCGCAUCGCCCAUGUCUACCUCAUUGUUCAAGUGCCGGCCAGAAUCGUCAACAUCUCAAAAAACGUGUCAGUGAACGAAGGAGAGAAUGUAAACCUCUUCUGUUUGGCAGUGGGUCGGCCUGAGCCCACCGUCACCUGGAAAGACCAGAAAUAUGGGUUAGUAAGUGAAGGGGAAUUCCUAGACAUCACAGAGAUCAAGAGGCAGCAGGCCGAGGACUACGAAUGCAUCACCAACAACGGAGUGGCUCCUCCCGAUCAGCGCAAGGUCAAGGUCACGGUCAACUACCCUCCCAUGAUCACAGACAUGAAAAACAUGCCAGCCCAUUUGGGUAAGACGGCCAUCUUGCGCUGUGAAGCCAUGGCAGUCCCACCAGCUGCCUUUGAGUGGUACAGAGAUGACCACAGGCCAGUAGAGAGUGACAACACCCUGAGGAUCAAAAACGAGAGGACGCGCUCGCUGUUGCUGUUCACCAACGUGACAGAGAAACACUUUGGGAACUACACCUGCUUUGCCUCAAACCGUCUGGGGGCUUCCAACGCCAGCAUGCUGCUGUUUCGACCGGGGGCCAUACAGGGGCGAGGGACCGGUUUACAUGCAGGAAUGAGUGUCAGCCUGUGUUUUUGGGUUUCCCUCUCUACCGUUCUUCUGAUGAAGGUGUAAGGACCGAGCUCCACCUGGAAUUGUCCCUAGACGUCCCUGAAAGCCCUGUCUGCCCCUCCCUCCCUCUCUUCCCCUUUACGGAAGGAAGAAGGGAAUUAAAUUCUUUAAUUACAAACCCAUCACUGUGAACAAAAAGAAUAUGCAUUAAUCCAGGAGCCAUUGAAUCAUUGCAUAAAACCCACAACCACAUCACACCCCACCCCCCAAAACCCCAGCACCCUCAAUUCAAUUUCGAGGUCAAAUCAUUGUCAUCAACUCUUCCUUCCUCUCUUACACACAGUCUGUCUCCCAGAAUACCUUGCAGAUGAUGCAGUCUGACUUGGUACUUCCCUCUUCACCUUGUUUUCCCCUCAUUAUUACCAUUGGGCUAAUAUUGAUAGAGUGUACAUUAAAGAUUAUUGUGUCAGUGAUCAAUGAGAAAAUAGAUAAUCUAACAACUGGAUGAUCAUUUAUGUAAUAUACUACAUAGACUAAUGACUGACCUACAAUGUUUGCCUUAUGAAAAUGAUAGAUAAGAUCACAAUAUUAUGGUGGAUAUUUAUGGAAACUAUAGUUAUAAUGUGGCAUUGACGGUCAUGUGACCUUUUGAAAAUUGUCCAAUUGGUGGCCGUGUGAAGUGUCACUCUUUGAUCACACACACACACACGCACACACACACACACACACACACACAUACACAUAUGGCUUUUUGAUUUUAACUGUGUAGCAGUGAAGCUGCUAUGAAUGAUGUCAAAAUGUAUAAAAAAGGGUGGGUGGUGAUGGCGUCAGUCUCAACUACCCCUUUAUGUAAUUCGGGGGGUUUAUACCAAGGUUUCGCAUGUAGACCCCCUCACUACCCAAACCUUUUUUAGCCUCCCCACCCUGCGCCUCUGUUCAAUGUGCUCUGUCUAGUCGACCUUCGCAUCGCUAUAGUGUUCUCUGCUCCGUGUCACCCCCUACCCCCGUCUUCCUCCCCAGUGUAAAUAUAUGCAGUACAGAGGCCACGUCGGCGACCUCAAGUUGCUUGGCGCCCAACGACAUCUCACAUCAGCCUCGACUACGCUCCAGUUUUCUGAAGCAGCAAGAGACUGUCCAGGGACAACAAUAUCUUCUGUUUCAAAGCUGUGGCUCCAUCCUCUUUGUCGCUUGUUGAUAGCAUGUACCGGUUAGAGAUGUUCCUGUUGUGAGUCCAUUCUCCCUACCCUACCUCCCCUCCCUCCCUGCACUGUGUCUGUUUUCCUCUGCAAGGUUACCUGCUUUUACUUUUUUGGUGUUAAUAAUAGUACAGAUGAUGAUGAUGUUAAUAAGUAUUUGAAUAACAAUGAAUAGUAAUUCCAUGUGAGAAAAAAAACAAAAGCUGAUGGUAAUGAGCCGUGCGUGGGAAAAUAAUUUUUGUACUUUACUCUGAGAAGUCACACACAUUGAACGACUACAAUGAAAAACAAACAAAAAAAACAUGUAAAGUUUUCGAAGUGAUGUGCUCUAUUUUGCCAUGACAAGCUUUUUAAAAACGCAUUUGAAACAGUCUGAGGGAUUAUUUCAGAAGCAGUGAAUGAUGAUGUAAUUUAUAAUUUGUAACAGUUUAUGUAUUGGACUCUUUUCGUCAUGCUGUUAACUGCAUCACGCACACAUUUACAGCAUAUUUGUUCACUUAUCAUAGUGUGUCUCUCUCCGACCAGCUAGAUAAAUGAUUUGGAUCCAUGUCAGUUGUGGCUAUAAGUCGGUUCUUGUUCAUCCAGACCGCAGGGAGAUAAAGAUGUAAUUAGCCAUUACCUGUGGCUGGCUAAGUGAAGGAGCCUGGGCUCCACCUGUCCCUCCUGCCAGCCAGUGAUGGCCCCCAUAAAUCAAGCUCAAUCCUGCCACUGACAGGAAUCCUCUUCAAGGACAACCCCGCUUUGGUGCGCCAGUCCUCCCUCCAAUGUGUACCUGCGACAUGCAGGCAUGGGCACUACAAAACCCCCAUGGCACAAUUAUCCAUCCAGUUCCCCCGCACAGCACAAACAGUGGGAGGUAAGCCCAUAUUUCAAUACGGUGGCACUAGUUUCUCCGCUGAAACACUGUCCAUUCACAUGCAGCGACUAUAUGCAAAUUUGCCAUAACAAGCCUGCACGGAGAGAUGAGUUUGCCCCGGCUGAACCCUGACUACAGCGACCUUAAAGGGGAAUUACCCAGUAUUGAAUCAAUUGUCUGAAUGUGUUAUGUUUGAUUUUGUUUCAAACCAGCAAUAACCCCUAACUCUACUGUGCAAGAGGUGUCAGAUAUGGUUAAAGCUGAGGUGUAAUAUCUGAAAAGUUUCCAUUAACAAGGUAUAUCAAAUAGGUCUGUUGUUGUACUUUUACUGUGUACAGUACUCUGAAAUGAUUGUGAAGCUCUGUUUAAAUGGCCCUUAAUCUAAAACACUACAUGUUGUACUCAAAAAGUCUCUCUGCUGUGUAGUCGGGUUGUAUGUCUGACAGAACACACACUGUUUGUGCAUGCAUCUUGUUGCUCCAAAAAUAAUAACUGAUUACAUUUCAAGCACAA